AAAAAAAGAAAUUUUUUCAUAAUUUUCGAUGGACAUAUGAAGGAGAAACCCUUUACCACUGCCAGCCACUUCUGUUAUUGUGAAGCUGGAGAACUCUCUAUCAAUGGCUGCUGCAACUACAAUUGAGAAGAAGAAGUUUAUGGGUCCUUCUGAUUGGAACAUUUAUUUGCUUUCUGGAGAUAAGUUUGAGAAUAAAGUGAAAUUGGAUUUGCCACCUUCAUUUCAAAUUCCAAACAUCGGCGUUGCUCCUAUUCGUGUUCUUGGUUCUGCUAUUAAUGGCAUUAUUUGUAUCUAUGACCAUCAUGGAGUUCCAACAACUACUGUAUUAUGGAACCCUGUCACUGAGGAAAUAAUUCAGAUACCUCUUGGUCAUGCUGAGUUUAUACCUGAGUUUACAACUCAAAUUUUUCCUCAUGGAUAUGGCUAUGACCAUAUUGGAGAUGACUAUAAAAUCAUUCAACAUGUGGAUUAUACUAUGGUUAAUGAAAAUCCUUUGGACGAUUUGGAAAUGGAAGAUGUUAUGAUGCCGGACCCAUUCUGGGAGAUAUAUAGUCUAAAAAGUAACUCAUGGAGAAAAAUUGAUUUUGAUAUGCCAAUGAUUUACUGGAUUUUUAAUAGCGUCGCCUACUUCAAUGGGACGUGUCAUUGGUUGGGGGAAACAAACAAGGUGGUAUCAUUUGAAUUGUGCAAUGAGGCGUACUUUAUUACACCUUCUCCCUUGGAAGAAGAUACGCACGAUAUGGUUUUUGCCCUAUUUUAG